UACAUGGGAGCUUGGGGAGUAAUUGGAUAUCUAGCAUGGAUGAGAUUGGUGGUGAUAGAUGAAGAGCGAGUCUUCUCCCUGAGGCUAUUAUGUACCUAGGUACCCAAGAUAUAUUAGCCAAACAGCUACAGUCAACAAACAUCUAUCCAGAAUUCCCAUGAAUCUGUUCUCUCAAAUAAUAAAACCGAAGACUGCGAGUUUGCCUUUACGUUCUUCCGAAACAACAUGGCCACCCAGAUUCGUGAUACGCAGUUCGGUCACCUCGUACGAUUUCUGUCUAGAAAUAAAAUCUUCCGAUACCCUGACGAAGUUGACCCUUCCCUAUGGAAAAGGCCUCUGCAAGGCGAUACAGGUCCAUUACCUAUACCGCCAGCAGAACAAGCCAAUGAUACACAGAGGUCUGACAGGCGGAAUCCCGGCACAGCUCCUGUCGGUGAAAACGAUCGAGAAUUCAAUCUGAUAAAUUGGUAUGGACCUGACGAUCCAGAGAACCCUCAAAAUUGGUCUAGCAACUGGAAGCUACUGGUCGCUUUCCUCAUGUGCAUUCUCAACUUCUCAUUCUACAUUGCAAGCUCGAUAUACGUCCCUAUUCCUUUCAUCUUCUAUCGGUACGGUGAAAAGAUUCGCCACAUGAGCAAGAAUGCUCGGCAUGAUAUCUGAAGAGUGCUUUUAGCAUGCCUUAGAAACUCCGA